GCCAGGCCGAGUGCUGACUCCAUGGUAGUGAGGAACUCUUCAGGCUCCAGAAGCUCUUAAACCUAAUCUACAAUGGAAAAAUUCCUUUUUUACCUGUUUCUCAUUGGCAUAGCUGUGCGAGCUCAGAUCUGUCCAAAGCGUUGUGUCUGUCAGAUUUUGUCUCCUAAUCUUGCAACCCUUUGUGCCAAGAAAGGGCUUCUCUUUGUUCCACCAAACAUUGACAGAAGAACUGUGGAAUUACGACUGGCAGACAAUUUUGUUACCAAUAUCAAAAGGAAAGAUUUUGCCAAUAUGACCAGCUUGGUGGACCUGACUCUAUCCAGGAAUACAAUAAGUUUUAUUACACCCCAUGCUUUUGCCGAUCUACGAAAUUUGAGAGCAUUGCAUUUGAAUAGCAACAGAUUGACUAAGAUUACAAACGACAUGUUCAGCGGGCUUUCCAAUCUCCAUCAUCUGAUCCUAAACAACAAUCAGCUGACUUUAAUUUCUUCCACAGCGUUUGAUGAUGUUUUCGCUCUUGAAGAGCUGGACCUGUCCUAUAACAAUCUAGAAACGAUUCCCUGGGAUGCUGUAGAGAAGAUGGUGAGCUUGCAUACUCUUAGUUUGGAUCACAACAUGAUUGACAACAUUCCUAAGGGAACGUUCUCCCACUUGCACAAGAUGACUCGGCUAGAUGUAACAUCAAACAAAUUGCAAAAGCUGCCCCCUGACCCUCUCUUUCAGCGAGCGCAGGUGCUGGCCACCUCAGGAAUCAUAAGCCCAUCGACUUUUGCAUUGAGUUUUGGUGGAAACCCCUUGCAUUGCAAUUGUGAGUUGUUGUGGCUGAGGCGGUUGUCCAGAGAGGAUGACCUUGAGACCUGUGCUUCUCCUCCACUGUUAACUGGCCGCUAUUUCUGGUCAAUUCCCGAGGAAGAGUUUUUGUGUGAGCCUCCACUCAUAACUCGGCAUACACAUGAGAUGAGAGUCCUGGAGGGUCAAAGGGCAACACUGAGGUGCAAAGCUAGAGGGGACCCUGAACCUGCAAUUCACUGGAUUUCUCCUGAAGGGAAGCUUAUUUCAAACGCAACAAGAUCUCUGGUGUAUGAUAACGGAACACUUGACAUCCUUAUAACAACUGUAAAAGAUACAGGUGCUUUUACCUGUAUUGCUUCCAAUCCUGCAGGGGAAGCAACACAAACCGUGGAUCUUCACAUAAUUAAACUCCCUCACCUACUGAACAGUACCAAUCAUAUCCAUGAGCCUGAUCCUGGCUCUUCAGAUAUCUCCACGUCUACUAAGUCAGGUUCAAAUGCUAGCAGUAGCAAUGGUGAUACUAAAAUGAGUCAAGACAAAAUUGUGGUAGCAGAAGCAACUUCGUCAACAGCGCUACUUAAAUUUAAUUUUCAAAGAAAUAUUCCAGGAAUCCGUAUGUUUCAGAUCCAAUACAAUGGUACUUAUGAUGACACCCUUGUUUACAGAAUGAUACCUCCUACAAGCAAAACGUUUCUGGUCAAUAAUCUGGCUUCUGGAACUAUGUACGACUUGUGUGUGUUGGCCAUAUAUGAUGAUGGCAUCACCUCCCUCACUGCCACAAGAGUCGUGGGUUGCAUCCAGUUUACUACCGAACAGGAUUAUGUCCGUUGCCACUUUAUGCAGUCCCAGUUUUUGGGCGGCACCAUGAUUAUUAUCAUUGGUGGAAUCAUUGUUGCAUCUGUGCUGGUUUUCAUCAUCAUACUAAUGAUCCGGUAUAAGGUUUGUAACAAUAACGGGCAGCACAAGGUCACCAAGGUUAGCAACGUUUAUUCUCAAACUAAUGGGGCUCAGACGCAAGGCUGCACUGUCACGCUGCCCCAGUCCAUGUCCAAACAAGCCAUGGGCCAUGAAGAGAAUGCCCAGUGCUGUAAAGUCACCAGUGACAAUGUGAUUCAGUCUUCAGAAACAUGUUCGAGUCAGGACUCUUCCACCACUACCUCUGCUUUGCCUCCUACCUGGACUUCAAGUGCAUCUGCCUCUCAAAAGCAGAAACGAAAGACUGGCACGAAGCCAAGUGCUGAGCCGCAGAGUGAAGCUGUCACAAAAGUUGAGUCCCAAAACACUAACAGGAACAACUCAACUGCCUUGCAGUUAGCUAGCUGCCCUCCUGCUUCUGUCACAGAGGGGCCCACAUCUCAAAGAGCACAAACCAAGCCAAAUGCUUCGCUGACUAAUGUUGACCAGAAUGUCCAGGAAACACAGGUGAGAAUCUUAUUAAUUGCUAUUCAUUUCAAAAACCAGAGAGACAUGCUAUUGUAUGCAUGA